AUGGGUGAAGAAACUCAAGCCAGCGACGGAAAAGUAACAUUAAAACGUAAAAUAACAUUGUUCAAUGGUGUCGGAAUUAUUAUUGGGACGAUUAUUGGCUCUGGAAUUUUUAUAUCGCCGACCGGUGUCUUCCGGUAUACUCAGUCAGUGGGAGCCUCGCUUCUGAUAUGGCUGAUAUGCGGCCUGCUCUCAACAUUAGGAGCUCUAUGUUACGCAGAGCUGGGAACUUCGAUAUCAAGAUCUGGAGGCGAUUACGCCUACAUCUUCACAGCUUUUGGACCGCUGCCUGCGUUCUUGAGAAUGUGGAUAGCGCUCCUCAUCAUAAGACCGACAACCCAAGCAAUAGUAGCCAUAACCUUCGGCCAAUACGUAGUUAAACCUUUCUUCCCAGACUGCGAACCUCCAGAAAACGCCGUCCGACUUCUAGCAGCGGUAUGCUUAUGUAUACUGACAGCUAUAAACUGCAUCAGCGUGAGAUGGACCAUGCGUAUCCAAGACGUGUUCACUUCAUCAAAACUACUGGCGCUGGUCGUUAUAAUAAUAUCGGGCAUCUAUUACAUAGCGAGUGGACAUACAGAAAAUUUCGAAAGGGCAUUUGACGGUGAGUACAGCGCUGGCGACAUUGCCAUGGCGUUCUACUCUGGUCUGUUUGCUUUCGGUGGAUGGAAUUAUCUCAACUUUGUCACAGAGGAACUUCAAGAUCCUUACAAGAAUCUCCCUCGAGCUAUAUGGAUAGCUAUGCCGAUGGUGACCAUAAUAUAUGUGAUGGCAAACUUGGCGUACUUCGCUGUCGUUACCAAGACACAAUGGUUGGACCCCAAGGCUGUAGUUGCAGCGAUCUUCGGAGACCAGCUGUUCGGUAGCUGGAGCUGGUUGAUUCCCGUGUUCGUGGCGCUAUCAACAUUCGGCGGCGUGAACGGCGUGCUGUUCACGUCAGCCAGACUGUUCGCUACUGGCGCCCAGGAGGGUCACAUGCCGGGGUUCUUCACGCUGUUCCACGUUGAGAAACAGACUCCAAUACCAUCGCUUAUACUCACGUGUUUCUUCUCACUGCUCAUGUUGACCACGAGCAACGUGAUCGAGCUUAUAAACUAUUACUCACAAACGCUGUGGCUGUCCGUGGGCGCGUCAGUCGUGGGCAUGUUGUGGCUGCGGAAGACCAAACCCGAAAUGUCCAGACCUAUUAGAGUCAACAUAAUCAUACCAUACUUAUUUCUUAUAGCAAUCGGCUGUUUAGUCAUCAUUCCCGCCAUAACGCAACCUAAAGACACAGCCAUCGGUAUUGCCAUACUAUUAUCUGGGAUACCAGUUUAUUAUUUAUGCGUCAAAUGGCAGAAUAAACCUCAAUGCUAUAACACAGCUUCUGGUUGCAUACUGAGAUUCCUUCAGAAGUUAUGUUCCUGUGCUUAUGUAGAUUCAUCAGAGAAAAUUACGAAUUGA